AUGGUUCAACAGUUCAGUAAUGGCAAUCCUUCACGGAAUAACAGCGAUAAUAACUAUAACAAAGUCAACAAUGGCAGCAAAAAUUCUUACUGGCAGUGGCCUGAAGCUUGGCCCUUAUCUAAUACUUCGGCAGAAACGGUUGCCAAAACGCUGAUAUCCCAAUGGGUUUUGCAUUUUGGCACACCCACAACUAUCACCACCGACAGAGGACGUCAGUUUGAUUCCUACCUCUUCACUGAGCUGACUUGUCUCCUUGGAUGUAAACACACCCGCACUACAGCUUACCAACCUGCAGCAAAUGGCAUGGUCGAAAGCUUUCACCACCAACUCAAGGCAGCUAUAAAAGCAUAUUCAGACUGUUCUAACUCGUUGGAACAUCUCCCUCUCAUCCUCCUUGGUAUUCAAUCUACGAUUAAGAAGGAAGUUGGACAUACUCCAGCUGAACUAGUCUAUGGCACAGCACUCACCUUACCUGAGCAGAUGAUCGAACCUGUUUCACCACAAGACCUUCCUGACCCAGCCAAAUAUGUGCACCGAUUACGGACAGCCAUGUCAAAUUUGUCCCCUGCAGCCCCCAGACAACAGAACGUCGCUUCACAGGUCCCAAAGGACAUCAAUACUUGGAUUCAUGUUUUCGUGAGAAACGAUGGGACACCAUCUCAACUUCAGCCACCAUAUUCCGGGCCCUACAAAGUGCUUAAAAAAGAACCAAAGUAUUUCGUUCUUGAUAUUGGAGGUAAACGAAAUACUGUAUCAGUUGAUCGUUUAAAAAAAGCCUACAUCAAGGAGGUCUUGCCUUCAGUUCCUUCUGUUCCUCAAAUGGACUCAACAACUCCAGUAAACACCUCAGAUUCUGCACAACCCUGGCACACCAAAUUGGGAAGAACAGUUCACUGA